GACAUUUUUUAACUUUUUCUCUUUCCUUUUUUCUCAUGUUGCAAAAUAUUAAUGUUCAGUUAGUGGAGUCCCCAGACUUUAAAACUAAGACGUGUUGAUGUUGUAUUUACCCUUCAGAACUUCUCUCUAUAUAAAUGAACUAAGCAGCAAUAAGCUUCCCUCACAAUUGCAGAGGAGAGAAAAAAAGGAUUUGAUUUGGUUAGAGAUAAUAAAAAUAAUAAUAAUAUUAGAUAUAUGGAAACUUGGGGUACAUUUUAUGAAAAAUCAAAGCCAUUUUUGGCUGUAAUUUUUAUACAAUUUGGGUAUGCAGGAAUGUCAAUCAUUUCAAAAUUUGCUUUAAACCAAGGAAUGAGCCAACAUGUAUUAGUUGUCUAUAGGCAUGCAGUUGCCACCAUUGUUAUGGCUCCUUUUGCCAUUCUUUUUGACAGGAAAGUGAGGCCAAAGAUGACCUUCUCCGUCUUUGUGAAGAUACUGUUGCUUGGUUUAUUGGAGCCAACUAUUGACCAGAACUUGUACUACACUGGCAUGAAAUAUACGACAGCAACUUUUGCUUCUGCUAUGUGUAAUAUUCUUCCUGCUUUUGCAUUUCUGAUGGCUUGGGCCUUAAGGCUUGAGGAGGUUAAGUGGAAGAAAGUGCAUAGCUGGGCAAAGGUGUUGGGAACAAUAGUGACAGUUGGAGGAGCAAUGUUAAUGACUUUAAUAAAAGGGGCAAUAUUGGAAUUACCAUGGUCAAAAGGAUAUGAUAAUCAAGCAUCUACAGCUGCAGUCACCCCACAUGAUACCAUCAAGGGUGCUUUUAUGAUUGGAAUUGGUUGCUUAUGUUGGUCUUGCUUCAUCAUCCUUCAGGCAAUAACACUAAAAACAUACCCAGCUGAGCUCUCCCUAACAGCUUUGAUAUGCUUCAUGGGAACUAUUGAAGGCAGCAUAUUUGCUGUUAUAAUGGAAAAGGGCAAUCCUUCAGCUUGGUCUAUACACUUUGAUUCCAAGUUAUUGGCUGCUGUUUAUAGUGGAGUCAUGUGUUCAGGAAUUGCUUAUUAUGUACAAGGAGUAAUAAUGAAGGCUAAAGGUCCUGUUUUUGUGACUGCCUUCAAUCCUCUAAGUAUGGUUAUUGUUACAAUUUUGGGCUCUUUUGUCUUAUCAGAGAUCAUGUACUUGGGAAGGAUUAUUGGAGCACUGGUAAUUGUUACUGGUCUAUAUCUAGUAUUAUGGGGUAAGAGCAAAGAUAAAUCUCCAUUAGCUUCAAGCAAUGAUAAGGAAGUUGUAACCACUUCAGAAAUGGGUACUACAGGUGAAAGUGUAGGUACUUCAAAUCAAGAAUUUGUUGCAAUUGAUGUCACCAAAGUAAGACCUACAGAAUAAUCUGUUUGAAGGAAUUAUAUUCUAAUUAAUUUGGUUAAGGAAAUUUGAGCUUUCUCUACUAAUUAGAUUCAAAUGUGUUUUUUUUUUUUUUUUUUUU